UGGAGCUUCAUCAUUUUUCUUUGUUUGGUGGCAAAGCCUUCAGAAACAGUAAAGCCAAAGAUCUUGAAAGAAUCGAAGUGUUUGUUUUCUAUUUCAGUUGCAUUCAGCUGACAUUUAUUGGGUAAUUAAGACACGAAAGGCAGUGAUGAACAAAAUGUAGCCUCUGUCUUCAGGGAGCUUACCAUCUGAUGGAGGACACAGGCGGUACACCAGGGCCUAGGACACAAUGCAGAUUGCUAAAAUAGAGAUCCAGCAUGCUUUGAGAAGCCAGAGGAAGCUUUAAAAGCCUUCUCAUCCUUUCAUAUAUUAGCCUUCACCAUCGUGUGCCACUUGAACGCAGGUGACUUUUGCCAUAGCUUGCAGUCUAGACUCUGUGGCCAGCCUGGUGUGUGACAUCUACUAGGUGCUAAGUAAACGUUUCUUGAAUGAAUGAGUGAGUGACUGCAAGCGCAUGAAUUGUUGGCCCCUAUCCAAAUGGAAGAGAAGAGAGCAAUGUGGUGGUGCCUCAAGCUCGUUUGAGCUGGUUCAUGAGGGCUUCCCUUGGGUGUUGCCUUUGGACCUAAGUAUCCUUCGCCCUCCUUGUAAGCCCCGCUUUUGACAAAGUGCCUAUGGCACUCCUACUGAUGGGAGCCUCGCUCACUUCACAGAUGGGUAAUCACCUAGGUAUGGAUUGGGGAACCACCUGCCCUUUGGUGGAGAGUUUGCAGUGCUUCUUUUCCCCUGUCGUUGGUGCUUGCUUCUCUCUUCUGUGUAAGGAAGUAGGGCCUGCAAAUCCCAUCGUGUCAUCGUAGUGAGCUGAACUGUAAUUCAGCUCGGUGUUUUCCCCCGAGGUUAAAAUAAAUCCUGGAGACAUGCAGAUUUUGGUCGGUGCCUACUUAUGGAGAGAUUCUGCAAAAAUGGGAAGGGAGAAUCAUCAGCCCCAUCAGCCAGCCACGCCCCUCCGAGCAGCCCUCCUGCUGGCUUGCCUGGUAUUUGCCGAAAGUGCCAGAUCACUAGGGAGCCGGGAGCAGCAGGGCCUCGAUCUCCCGGAUGUGCAUCCAGCUGGCGCUUCAUUGAUCUCCGGUCUUCUUCAUGGGGCAGGUGGGCAGGGUAAUGUGAGCAGAGCCCAGGAAUGCCUUAUGUGGAUCGGCAGAACCGAAUCUGUGGGUUUCUGGACAUCGAGGAGAAUGGGAACAGCGGCAAGUUUCUGCGGAGGUACUUUAUUCUGGACACGCAGGCCAACUGCCUUCUCUGGUACAUGGACAACCCCCAGAACCUGGCAGUUGGGGCAGGAGCCGUCGGAUCUUUGCAGCUGACCUACAUCUCGAAGGUGAGCAUAGCCACCCCAAAGCAGAAACCCAAGACUCCGUUUUGCUUUGUCAUCAACGCCCUCUCGCAGAGGUAUUUUCUUCAAGCCAAUGACCAGAAAGAUCUGAAGGACUGGGUCGAAGCCCUGAACCAAGCCAGCAAAAUCACUGUACCCAAAGUUGGGAACCUGCCCCUGACGACCGAAGUUGUCAAGAGCCUAGCAACUCCUCUGGCCCUGGAGAAGAAGCCCCAGGUGGCCUACAAGACAGAGAUCAUCGGAGGCGUGGUGGUACACACGCCCAUCAACCAGAACGGUGGGGAUGGGCAGGAAGGGAGUGAGCCCGGCUCCCACGCCAUCCUUCGAAGGUCUCAGAGUUACAUCCCCACGACAGGCUGCCGUGUCCCCACCGGGCCCCCCCUCAUUAAGAGCGGCUAUUGUGUGAAGCAAGGGAAUGUGCGCAAGAGCUGGAAACGGCGCUUCUUUGCGCUGGACGACUUUACCAUCUGCUACUUCAAGUGUGAGCAGGACCGAGAACCACUGCGUACCAUAUUCCUCAAGGAUGUUCUCAAGACCCACGAGUGUUUGGUCAAGUCUGGCGACCUGCUGAUGAGGGACAACCUGUUUGAAAUAAUAACCAGCUCCAGGACCUUCUACGUGCAGGCAGACAGUCCAGAAGACAUGCACAGCUGGAUUAAGGAGAUCGGGGCAGCUGUCCAGGCCCUCAAGUGCCACCCCAGAGAAAUGUCCUUUUCUCGAUCCAUUUCUUUGACCCGCUCUGGAAGCUCCAGCCUCUCAGGGGGGCCCAACUCUGUCUUGUGCAGAGGGCGGCCACCUCUGGAGGAGAGAAGGGCCCUCUGCAAAGCUCCCUCCGUGGCUUCCUCCUGGCAGCCCUGGACACCUGUCCCCCAGGCUGGGGAAAAGCUGCUGCCCACUGAAGAGACUCCUGAGGACUCUUUUUUCAUGCCUCGACUUGGGGAGAGCAGUACUUCUGGGGUGCUGCCCAGCUCCCGGAUAAGGCACAGAUCGGAGCCCCAGCACCCCAAGGAGAAGCCAUUUGUGUUCAACCUCGAUGAUGAAAACAUACGGACCUCUGAUGUGUGAUGAGGCGCAGUGCCCAGGAGGGAAGGGGAGGACUCAGAUGUCCAAGGGGCCGUGACUCAGUUUCUCCACCUGCUGGAGGACAGUCGGAGGCCUUCCUGGCACUCACAUCCUUGUGGAGCUCUCUUGGGGGAGGGGAGCAUCCAGCUGUUUUUUUUUUUUUUUUUUAAAUCAAUGCAGUGUUUUUAAUUCGGGAAAGUCACCAGGUUAGACCUGUAGGCUUGCUCAGUGGAGAGCAGGGUGCCUCUUACCUUGACUCUUCCAUGGUCCACCUGGUGAGUGGAGGUUGGAAGUCCAAUUUCAUCCCUAACCAAGUUUUUGUUCCUUGUCCUUGUCUUAUUAGUUUCUUCCCUUUGUUUUCAGGCUGGGUGCAGAACCUUGAGGCCAGUCAUCUGGUUUUAUCCUAUUGCUGUUCAUUGGCUGAAGUUUGACUGUGAAGUAGGAGGGUGGGAACUCACCCAACUGAAACUGGGGGAACCAGUGGGGGACACCCAGGCUCCAGCUUGGCCGGGAUACAUUCUGAGGGGAGGUGUUAAAAUCUGGGCGCUGGUCGGGGGGGGGGCCCUGAAUGUCGACCAGGGCAGAUUCCCCCAACCUCCAGGGGACCUCCAUAGGGGAAGAAAUAGGGACCUCUUGUAAGGAAUGGGAGAAUGCACUCCCAACCCCAGUGCAUCAGCCAGUUUCGGGAAUUACUCUGUUCUCUUUGAGAUGUUCUUUCACCCCAAAUACUGUCGCUGUGAGAGACAGACCUGCCCACCCUGUUGCUGUGUCAGGCCCUUAGGAUGGGUUUAUCAGUGUUCGGUGCUGAGAACAGAACAGACAUUGCCCUUGAUAUGGCAUUACUUGGAAUGUGUGGAGGGUUGAUGAGUGUAUGAUAAUUCACUUGUGUGAUACAUCACAUCUGUAUUUUAGAGUUUGAGAGUUGCUUUAAAGCAGGUGCUGGGAAGAGAUGGAGUUGAGUUCAUCCAGCUAAAAAUUUUUGAUCCAUGUUUUCCAGACAGAAGAAAAGGUCUCUUUUCGCAAAGACAGAUGAUCUUGGGUUCUUGCCUCUCAGCUCUUCUUUCAUGGGCCGAUAGUAGUCUGAUUUUAAGUGCUGUAUAUUGUAUACCUUGGCAGAUUUGCUUUCUUUCUGUUCUUUGUGUUGCCCUUUGGGUGAUGCCUCGUGUCUGUACUUGCAUGAUGAAAUCUUGUCGUCUGACGAGGUUCUACGUUCAUAACAGUGAGGAGAUAACAAAGAUAAUCUUGAGAGAUAUUUAUAUCUUUAAUAAAAUAGAAACUGUGCAGAGAAACAUUGAUUUACAGCCUAUGCAUUGCUGGUUAGAGAUUUCCCAGGUAGAAGAGCAUAGAUUGUAUUUCCCAUCCCGUAUUUUAGGAUGUACCUUCUUCCAUUUGACAAGAGAUCCUAUUUCCAGGGUCCCUGGGAGAAAUUAUCUGUCCAGCUUAUGUGGUGAACUGCUACCAAGGUUCCCUAAAGGGAGGGAGCUUAACUCAGUUCUAUCUAGAACUCUGUAUCAGCUAGAUCAGUUAAUUUUGUCUUUAAAUUAAGAAUUAACGAGUAGAGGAGGAGACUGUGAUCAGAAAAUCCUUAGUGGCUUGAGGGAAAUCUUCUGUUUGUUUCGGGCAGUGUAGUGUCCUUGAAGUCUGUGUCAGGUUGAGAACUUUUCUUGACCGUACUUCUUUGGAGAUAACUUUCACUUAAAUUGUUUGCCCUAGUGGUCCUGGUAUAAAAAAGGAAAUCUGCUCUAGAUUUCUCUCUCUCUCUUUUUUUCCCCUCUUUUCUGCAGCCUCCUGUAUACUUUUGUCCUUAGAAAUCCCUGGUUUGGAGGUUAUUUAUUUAUGAGUGAUCAAGGUGACAACAUACUUCAAGUAGCCUGGUUUCAAGAAGGCAUUACGAAUUCUUAAAGCUCUUUGUCUCAGGUUUCAUCUUCAGAUUUUCCUCAAGAAAAUUCUUUGGCUAGGUGAAAGAAAGUGCACAGAGAAAUGGAACUAACAAAGAUAAAUUAGGACCUUCUGAGAUCUCUGUAAACAUUCCCUGACUCAUGGAAAGAUGUCAUCUGCUGGUGUUUAACUUGUGAAAAUCUACCCAUUUCUUCCUCUUUUAAAUAAACUCUCUGCUCGAUUACUACUGCUAAAUUAAUUGGCCAUUAUGGUAAGCUGAUAUGUUUCUUAUUCAGUAGGGUUUAUUUUGAGAAUGUAUUAAAUUAAACAUGCUUAUAAAUCCAGAUUGUAUUAUCAUAAUAGAGGGGGAACAAGGAUUCUAGUUGGCAGAUACUUGGGAAUUCCAAGUUAGAGCAUUGUUAAUGUAGUUCCAACACCAGAUAAAUAUAAUUAUCUUCAAUGAAGCUUAGAGGCAUUCUCAUUGCCAAAUCUUAUUUCAGAAUUCCUUUCGUGCUCAUAUUUCUUAGCUUCUGGUUAAUUUCACAUCACACCUUUUAAUGUCACUACACAUGUGAGCCAAAGAUGGUGCAUAUACGACCAAAGCAUUUGGUUUCAAAUGUGAAAAAUGGAACCAAAUGGAAAAAACAAGGAGGGGAUGCAAUAUCGAUUAGUAGUUAAGUGCAGAGGCUCUGGAAUAAAUCUGUUUGUUUCGUUUUUUAAAAAACAGGAACCAAAAAAGGUACUGCAUUUUUUUGUGUGUGUGGAAUAAAAACGUUCUCUGAGUUGUGCUGUUUUCAUAAGACUUUUGACAUGGUCUUGACCCACUGUGUGUAACAGCUUCAGGUGUCUCCCCAUAGGUGAACUAUUAUUGUCCACUGUUCUUGAAAGUUAAGGAAUUGCUUGCUCAGGGUCAGCUGAUGGCUGGUGAACGUAGUCUGGCCUUUUGCAUUCUGUGAGAUGACAGUCGUACUAAGGUGUCCAUCAGGUAAAGCGAUCUCAGGUGAAAAUUGCAGAGUUACACAUCUGUUUCUGAAUAGAAUGCUGAGCUCCCAUGAGAAAGAGUCCAACUUCAUAGUUCACUUGAAGCAGAAGGUGGUUUGUUGUUUUAUUUUUUUCCCCCUGAAUGUAACUGUGCUCUGAUAUGGUCUGAAAGGAUCCAAUAAAUAAGUGGCAGAUUCAGUAGUUGAACAGUGGGAUUUGAUAUGUUUGUUUUCACUGUUAACCAGAUAAAUAGACAUAAGGAAGUAGCAGAGUUUUGGAAACUGAGUUUCCCAAAUCAGCUUUGUUUAUAAAGUUUGAACAUGUCAGAAACGGACAGUUUAUUACAUCUUUUCUACCAAUGUCACUUUUUUUCCUUAGUCCCUUUUUCUCUCUGUUACUGCCUGCAGUAGUGAAUUACAGUCACUCAUGCUCGGUAGAGUUUCAAUAAAGAGAUUAUUUGGCCCAAAAACAUACUGUUUGACCCCUUCCCCCGCUGCUCCCCAAGGUGUAGCAUGAUUCUGUGUUUUGAACCAGUAUGUUUCAGCUGUGAAAUGCACUUGUAGGCUGAGCUGAGUGCAUGGAAACUCUUACGCUUCUCAUUUUAAGCGAUCUCCUACUUGGUAUGUAGCAAAAAAUAAUUUUCUAAAACGGUUUUGUCGCUUGUUUUGUAAUAAAAACCAUGUGAAAUACUGAA